GCUUUAAGUGGUCGCGUCAGUGUUGGCACAGUUUUAAAUAUGAGCAAUGGGCUUCGCUUUGACUGAGAGACCUCGCUCGUAAAUGCACAAGCUCGCCUGGACGGAAGGAUGGCGGUUGGAUCUAUGAAAGCGUUGCUGUUUCUUUCCUUAAUAUUCCUGGAGCGGACCCUUGCUCUUUCCGAAGCGGAGAAGAAAGAUUUGGUCGAUGUUCACAAUAAAUAUCGAGCUCAGGUGCAAGAUGCCUCCUACAUGCUGAGAAUGAAAUGGGACGACGAUUUGGAAAAAAUGGCUUUUAAUUAUGCAAAGGAAUGUGUCUGGGGACACAAUAAAGAUCGGGGAAGAACUGGUGAAAAUCUAUAUGCAGUUACUGGCUCCAUCGACCUGGAGGGUGCUGUGGAGCAUUGGUGUUUAGAAGUUUCAGAUUAUACGUAUGAUACAAUGGAGUGCACUCCAGGCAAGAUGUGUGGACACUACACCCAGGUUGUCUGGGCUGACACUGAUAAAGUGGGCUGUGCCAGCCACUUCUGUGAUGAAUUGGAAGGUCUGGAGGACAAAAACCUGUCCAUUCUGGUGUGCAACUAUUUAGCUCCGGGCAACGUGCUUGGAGAAAAUCCUUAUAAAAAAGGGACCCCCUGCAGCGACUGUCCCGAUGAAUUUAAGUGCAUUGAUAACCUUUGCGAGUCUGAGUUGGAACUGGAUCUGGGACAGGAGCCAUAUCCACAGCCCGCAGUGAAACCAGAUGCAGAGACAGAGACAAAAGCAGAACCAGAGCUAGAAGCCAAACCUGAGCUAAGUCCAGAGCCGGAGGCACACAUGGAACCAAGGCCAGAACCAGAUAUUAAUCUGGAGGCAAGCCCAGAGAUAGAUGAUAAACUUGAACCAAGCUCAGAACUAGAUGAGAAUGUUGAACCAAGCUCAGAACUAGAUGAUAACCUUGAACCAAGCUCAGAGAUAGAUGAUGGCCUUGAUCCGAGCUCCAAACAAGAUGACAACAUUGAACCAAGCUCAGAAGUAGAUGAUAAUCUUGAACCAAGCUCAGAAUUGCACGAUAACCUUGAACCAAGUUCAGAGAUAGAUGAUGGCCUUGAUCCGAGCUCCAAACAAGAUGACAACAUUGAACCAAGCUCAGAAGUAGAUGAUAAUCUUGAACCAAGCUCAGAACUGCACGAUAACCUUGAACCAAGUUCAGAGAUAGAUGAUGGCCUUGAUCCGAGCUCCAAACAAGAUGACAACAUUGAACCAAGCUCAGAAGUAGAUGAUAAUCUUGAACCAAGCUCAGAACUAGAUGAUGACCUUCAAGGAAGCCCAGACAUUGAUGACAACCAGGGACCAAUUUCAGAACCAGACGACAAUCCUAAAUCAGGCCCAGAACCAGAGAUGUACAUUGAAUUAACCGCAGAGCGAGAGGAAAACCAGGACCUGAGCCAAGGGGUAGUGUCUAAAUUUGAAGUUAAAUUGAAGACUGUGAUGGAGACUGAUCUGAAGCCAAAAUUAGUGUCUGAGCCAAGGGAAAAACUGGAAUCAUAUCCAGGAUCAGGAAAGAAAAGCAUGCCAGGUUCGAGGAGAAAAGAUCGGCUUCACCCGGUUGGCAGCAGGACCCCAGCAUUCUGCUCAAGUAUUAUUCUCACACUGACCAUGUUAUGGAUUGUAUAUUGUGUGUAAAAUUAGAGAUAGCGACUACUGUAAAUACAGCGUAUCAGGAUACGAACGAUACGAUAGAAAUUGGUCUGCCACAGUCAUAAAAUACAACAAGAUACAUGAAAUUAAAGUGAUGAGUGGAAAGUCUAGGAUUGGGGAUGUGCAAAGAUUGGGGAUGGGGAUGAGGGGGAGUCACUCCACCCCACGACAGAAGGGGGAGGAGGUCAAUUUAGUCGCUGGAAACCUACCCAGUUAUAAAAAUGGAAGCGAACACGGAGACCAGCACAUCAGUUCCCCUAACCGCUGCAGUUUUAAUGACAGAGUAGCAACAAAAAAUGUUUGGACAUUUAGAAAUCACUUUUAACUUGAAUUUUAUUUCAAGCAUGGGAGGGGUGUACAUGUCCAAACAGGAUACUUUCUGCUCUUUAGUGGCUAAGGAUCAAAUCCAGCAAAAAACCGAGAGACAAAUAGAAACAUUAAUUAAUUACACAAUUCCUGUGAAAUGUUAUAAUAGUCUAUCUAACAUUUUAAUCCUAUUCCUUGUUUAGCAACACUGAAAGUGCAGAAAAACAAUCAUAAAAUUGAUCAAAUGCUCAAUAGAAAUAUGUUUAUAAAGAAAGAUCGACAGCAUAUUGCUGAUGUUAUUUGAAUUAUAUAAAUAAUAUUCAUUCUGUAUCCAUAGGGAGGAGCUACUGUAGUUCAAUAACGGGACGUUUGAAGUCAAACAAUGAAUGCAUCUUGACAGCAGGUCAGGAGAACAUGGAUAGGUGACGUUCUGGAUUGGAAUCAUCUCAACCCAAAACGUCACCUAUCCUUGCUCUCCAGAGAUGCUGCCUGACCCACUUAGUUACUUCAGCACUUUGUAUCACUUUUGUCCACAUAUGUAAAAUCAGCUGUAUGUUUAAAAAAAAUCUUCUAUCUGUUUAGUAUGAAAUUUAUCACCAUUUUUUUACAUCAGUUGGAACACAAGAAUAUAAUUGUCUAUCUCGACAAACAA